AUGACCACUGGAUCUACGCUUAAGGCCGUGGAUUUCUUCCAACAAGCUUACGACUACUUGCCACCUCAACCAUCGCGUUUCAAGGCCAUUAUUUUGCAAAAUAUUGGCACUGCACAAGCAAUUAUGAGAAGAUGCGACCUGGCGAAUUCUGCACUUACAGAAGCUAUUGAGAUGCACAGAAUGACAGGAAACCAACGCGGAAUUGCGGAAACAGCCAAUAAUUUGGGUUAUGUCUGUGCAAUGCGAAAGAAAUGGUAUGAAUCCAGGUGGAACUACGUGUUGUCAAGGCAAGCUGCGUUAAAAGUCGGAUUGCAGCAUAUUGUGGAACAGACCAACAAAGCAAUCCAAAUGAUAGACAGAUGUCAAGUUACCAGCAGCGGAUACAAGGGGCUAAAAUUCAGACCAGCAACCGUGUCAUAUUACGGUGAUGCCAGUAACACCCCAUUAAAACAGUGUGUGGCAAUUUCCUCCCAAAGAGUAGUGGAAGGUUAUGCAUUCGAACUUUUCUCGACCCCGGCCCUAAAAUUUGUAUAA